CGGGAACCGGCUCAGUUUGCCGUCGCGGCUCCGGCUUUGAAGCGGUCCGGAGGAGGAGGAGGCCUCCAUGGAGCGCGCGAUGAUCCAGCGCCUGGCCGCCAGGAUGGGCGUCGCCACGCCCGGAGUUAUCAGGAAAGCCGAGGAAUACCUGCGGCUCUCUCAAGUGAAAUGCGCCACCUUGCUGGUCCAGAUGACAGCCACCAGCAACACCGUGAUCUGCCUAGACUUAGCCGCGAGCUUCAUGAAACACCCCGUGGACAAGAGCUACGUAGUGAAACUCUCUGGUUUGAACAAGGCUGCUUAUCAGAGCUGCUUGAGGUCAUUCGAAAGCUUGCUUGGCGUGCACUCCAAUGUCGGCAUCCGAGACUUGGCUGUUCAGUUUGGCUGCACGGAGGCCGUGAACGUGGCCUCCAAAAUAUUGCAGAGGUAUGAAUCCAGUCUGCCUGGAUCUCAGCAAACUGAUCUCGACUUGUCCAAACCCUUAUUCACAACAGCCGCACUGUUAACCGCUUGCAGGUGCUUGAAGCUGAAAGUGGAUAAGAGCAAAAUGGUGGCCACGUCCGGUGUGAAGAAAGCCAUCUUCGACCGCCUUUGUAGCCAGCUGGAGAAGAUCGGCCAGCAGAUCAGCAGAGAAAACGUUCAGCUGACAGCUGAGGAAACAAAACCCCAGAAGACUUUACAGGAACGCUGUGAUAAGGAAGGCGGUAAGUCUGUUGGAGCUGAAGUCAGGAUGCCUUGCAAGCGUCCGAAAAGGGCAGCUGCACCGGAAGACGACUACGAAGAAUGGAAACGGAGGAUUCUGGAAAAUGCCGCUAAAUCACAGCAGGACGACGUUGGAUCUGAGCGUCUCGGAACGCAGCCAGCUUCUGGGGUUUAACUUCUAAUACGCUUUUAUGUCACCUGAUUUUAAAGACUUGUUAAAGUGCUGGUUUCGCAGAAUCUUCCCCAGAUGGGUGCGGUCCCGCAUCAUUGGGAUUUUGGAUAUUGU